GCAAGAAAUGGGGAAAGACGUUUGGCGCGGUCGGUAGACUAGAGGCUGACAGCGGAGGGAGAGCAACCGAGGACGAGCCGCGGUUCAUCAGCUUUCUAGUGUUUCCUCUUGGAGAAAGGGCAGACAGAGAUUAGUACAUUGACUGGGGACAGAGUUGGUGCUUUUUAAUUCGGGUUUUUCCUCUUUCUCUCACUGGCCGUCUGUCGAAGCUUGCCCCGCGCAGGCAGACGGAAAUACCUUGAAAAUGCCUCCCAUCGAAAAGGACACCGGGAAAAAUGAACUCAAAUCCCGGAUACAGCAGCUUAUUGACUCCAACCAAGUGUUGGUUUUCAGUAAAAGCUACUGCCCGUUCUGUGUCAAGGUGAAAGACUUGUUCAAAGAGCUGAAGGUCGAGUGUAAUGUGGUGGAGUUGGAUCUCAUAGAGGAUGGAACCAACUACCAGGAAAUGCUGCUUGAGAUGACUGGACAGAAAACAGUUCCUAAUGUCUUCAUCAACAAGACGCACCUUGGCGGCUGUGACAAAACGAUGCAGGCUCAUAAAGACGGCAGCCUGCAGCAGCUACUGACCGGAGACAAUGAAGCUUAUGACUACGACCUGAUCGUCAUUGGAGGAGGAUCGGGUGGCCUUGCCUGCUCAAAGGAAGCUGCUAUGUUGGGAAAGAAGGUCAUGGUACUGGACUAUGUUGUGCCCACACCCAAGGGAACCUCUUGGGGCCUCGGUGGAACCUGUGUGAACGUGGGCUGCAUUCCCAAGAAGCUGAUGCACCAGACGGCCUUGCUAGGCACAGCCAUGCAGGACGCACGCAAGUUCGGCUGGGAGUUUGAGGAGACAGGUGAGGGCUCAGAGCACCGACCCAGGAGGUCACGGAGGGGUGACAUCGCACCGGCUUGCCGCGUGAAACACAACUGGGAGACGAUGAAGACGGCAGUGAACAACUACAUUGGCUCGUUGAACUGGGGCUACAGGGUGGCACUGAGAGACAAGAAUGUCAACUAUGUCAAUGCCUAUGCAGAGUUCAUUGAACCACACAAAAUCAAGGCAACAAACAAACGAGGGAAGGAGACACUUUACACAGCGGCUACGUUCAUCUUGGCCACAGGCGAGAGGCCGCGCUACCUGGGCAUCCCUGGAGACAAGGAGUACUGCAUCACCAGGUGUUAAUAGCGGUGGGCCGAGACGCAUGCACAGACAAGGUUGGCCUGGACAAGGCCGGGGUCAAAGUCAACCCUAAGAAUGGAAAAAUUCCAGUGAAUGAUGAAGAGCAGACCAACGUGCCCCACAUCUACGCCAUUGGAGACAUUCUGGAAGGCAAGUGGGAGCUGACACCUGUAGCCAUCCAGGCCGGCAAGCUGCUGGCACGACGCCUCUACGGGGGCUCAAAACUCAAGUGUGACUACAUCAACGUUCCCACCACUGUCUUCACCCCACUGGAGUACGGCGCCUGUGGUCUGUCGGAGGAGAGAGCCACUGAGCUCUACGGGCAGGAAAACAUCGAGGUGUACCACAGUCUGUUCUGGCCUCUGGAGUUCACUGUGCCCGGCAGAGACAACAACAGAUGCUACUCCAAGAUCAUCUGCAAUAAACUGGACAGCGAUCGAGUCAUUGGCUUCCACUAUCUGGGUCCAAACGCUGGAGAGGUGACUCAGGGCUUCGGCGCAGCCAUGAAAUGUGGGGCCACCAAGGAGCAGCUGGACAACACGAUCGGCAUCCACCCAACCUGUGCUGAGAUCUUUACCACUUUGGAGGUGACCAAGAGCUCCGGUGGAGACAUCGCCCAGUCCGGUUGCUGAGGUUAAACCCUGCUCGUUUAGCGGGCUGCUCUCAUAUUAGACUCUCCUACCAUCACCUCUCAUCUCAGUCAACCUUUUAAGCUCAGCCUCACCUUCAGCCGCUCACUUUACAGGGCGGUUGUUUCUCAGGACAAACCGAACAGCGCGGCCGGCGCCUGAAUCAGCGUAAGCGCUCAUUCAGGCUCGCUGGGAGCUUAAGAGGUGACUGACAGAAGCCGGAGCGGAAGAUGUGCGAGUCUCCAGCUCUGGCGGAGGUAGUCUGAUACGAGGGCAGCCUGCUGAACAGCGGGGUUACUCUGCUGGUAUUUUUACCGGGGUCCACCCGUGUGCCUUUCUCAGAGGAGCACCAACACACACACUACUGCUGAGUAUGUGCGUGCGUUUGGGCUAUUGGUGACGUCCUGGCCCGUAACCUGAAAUACUGAGGUGGGCAAGGAUCGAUGUACCUCUGCAGAAGCGCCUGGUGGUGGCUCUAACCCUUCGUCCAAACCCCCAACUUCAAACACUUCUCAUUCACCCCCACUGUACGGAUGGCAGACAGAUUUCAAUUGGCAUACAACCAGGGUUUGAAUGGAUGCACGGCUCUGAAGUCUGGUCCAGUUUGUGAAAUUUAUUUAAUCUGGUGUGUGUGUGUGUGUCUGUAUAGAUUAAAUGUCACCAUGUCUCUUGUGUUGAGCCUUCAUCAUUCCACACAUUCCUCUUACCAGGUAUUUAAGAUGAAAUCGAGGUGUAUACAUGUUGCUGUCAAUACUUGUCUUUGCUGCCUUUAAAGAGAACUCCUUUAUUUCUACCAAAGCGAUCAUCUAAACAAGUCUGCAGAGAUAAAGAGCCGACAGAUGUACACCUUUCAAACCUUGUUGUGCUGCAACACUAUCAGACAGAAUUGAAUGGAAAACACAACCUCAAAUUUACUGGAUGUUGUGUUUAAAAAAAAAAAUCACAAGUUUUUACUCAAAUAAUUUAAUGCUUGUAUGUUGCAUCUUGCUGUUUGCCUCUGCAUUAUGUGUAUGUAAAAUAUGUAUUCAAUCUUGUAGAGGACAGUAUUCUGGCUGCUGUGAGUGAGUGACAUUGGUCAUCUGUAUAAAUGACUUGUUUGUUGGUGUCAAACCACUGUAGAUUACUACUCUCUCAAGAUUUAAUAAAGGAUUAAUUCCCCUUCA